AAAACGACGUAACAAACAUUACGGCGUUUGUGCGUGUACUGAAAGAUCCUACAGGUGUCUUAUGGCAUAAUUUUAACAAGUAUUUUACCUACUUUCUUUCUAUCAUUCAAAGCUUAGUUCGUAAAUAUUUUCUUUUGUUAUGGCCUUCAAUAUUUCUGUUAACCUCUUCAUACAGUUAUGAUUCAAAGAAAGAGACCGGCUAUGUCGGACUAAAGAAUCAAGUAUACCAAAUUCCAACGGAGGAAGAUGAGCCUGUCAAAAGUGUUUCCCUCGCCUUACAGCGUGUCUUCUAUCAAUUACAGACUUCAGAAACUCCAGUGGGUACGACGGAACUAACAAAAUCUUUUGGUUGGGAUUCCUUGGAUUCUUUUAUGCAACAUGAUGUUCAAGAAUUUAAUCGAGUAUUACAAGACAACCUUGAAGGGAAAAUGAAGAACACCAAAGCUGAUGGUGCCAUUACCAAGCUUUUCGUUGGUAAAAUGAAAAGCUAUAUAAAAUGUGUGAAGGUUGACUAUGAGUCUUCACGUGUUGAAGAUUAUUAUG